AGGUUAAACUGAUUGUUACUAAAAAUGGCAGAGAGUGACAGACCUCAAAUCACUUGGCAACGUUCGACAGUUAUAGUAGCAUGUACUGUGGUAUUUUUUUUCACGAUGCUCUUUGUUCAGUUGGUGGUUGGAGUAGUGUACAUGAAUGACUGUCCGAGGCAGCCCAUCAUUCCUAUCUAUUUGUUCUUAAUGGGAUGCAGUCCCCUGCUGUUCAGGUGCCUCAACAAGAUAACCCCACUCUUUUGCUUCAUGGCCCCUGGAUUGUUUUUGGUCUGGUUUAUUGUUGGUACUUUAAAUAUCUACUCUAUUUACGAGCCCAACUACAACAAGAACACAACAAAAGUGAAUCCCUACUGCGACAAGACACUGUACUUAUUUGCCUUCUGGACCACCAACUUCACCUUUGCCCUAUUACCUGCGCUACUAUUUUCCUGGUUCUAUUGUUUCUACCAAUUUGACAUUGUUGAGGUACAAAUGCCCUUGCUGGGAUAAAUUAAGUUGGUUAGAACUAAAAAUCAACUCACCCACACAGUAGCUCACUAUCAGGGUAGUUUGUAGAUUUAAGAGUUAAUCAUGUCAUACAUCAUCAUGGAAUAUACAUAGAUAUUAAAAUAAUCCCAAGUACCAGCCUCACAUUGUUUUAUUGUUGUGUAUCUUUUAUCAC